AUGGCAUCGGGAACAAAGGCACAUGCUGAUAAAAUCUUCCAACACUUGGAGAAAUUAGGGGGCUACGGGAAGAAGUCAACGGCAGAAAACCCCAGAUCGGAUCGGGCUUCGACGGGCGGCCGGCGAUGGCGAUGGAGGACGGCGACGGCGAGGCCGACCGCGGCGGGGCGGCACCGGCCGGCGGGGAGCCGCGGCGAGGAGGAGGCGGCGCGAGGGCAGCGGCGCGCGGCGACGCCGGCGACGGGCGAGGAGGCGGCGGCGGCGCGCGGCGACGCCGGCGACGGGCGAGGAGGCGGCGGCGCCGGCGGAGCUGCGGGGCGGAUGGCGGCGGCGAAGCCCCAUGCCGGCGGUGGCGACGGGCGGCGGCUGGAUCUGUGGGUGGCUGGGCCGUCAGUGGCCCACUCGGGCCUAACGGGGCGGGUUUACUGGGCGCGUGGGUGGGAGUGCCCGUGCACCCGCACGAGGGUAACGGAGGGCGCCGGCGGAGGCCGUGGCCUCGGCGAGGCGCUGGCGUGGGUGGCCGCGGCUGCGGGGCGCCGGUCGGGCGCGGCGCGGCGGAGGCCACGCGGGGCGCAGCGGGGCUGGAGGGCUGCGCCGUCGGGCAGAAGCAAAGCGGGGCCGCGGCCGUGCGGUAGUGGGGGUGACGGUGGUGGCGAGCGUGGACGGAGCCCGGGCGCGGGGACGGAGCCCGGGCGCGGCGCCGGCGCGGUCUCGCGCGGGCGAGACAGGGGUGAGGCCAGGGCGGCUUGGUUGGGCGCGGCCGGGCGCAGGUGCGCGCGGUCAGGCCGCGACCCGGACGCGGCCAAGGGUGUGGGGAACGCGACGACCGCGAGCUCCUCAAGAGCUCGGGCGUGA